CAGCUACCAGUUAGCCCACGACUCUGCUUGGAUUUCUAAAAAAGUUUCAGUAUGAUACUAAACUAAACAAAAGAUAAUAACUAAGUGCUGAAACAACAGAAUGUGUAAAUGACAUUUUCUGGAUUAUACUGCAAAGUUACCACCGAGUAAAAUUAAAGCAACAUAACAGUCAACGUUAGCCAUCUCGGUGUCUGACUAAACUUGUUUUGUGGGAGUCGAAUGGCCUCUGUUGUGACGGUCAAGACAGAGAAGCGACCUGCCCCGGACUCCGAGGAUGGCGACGCAGUGGCUAAAAAAGCCAGGAAGUUACUGCCCAGCCUGAAGACCAAACGUGCUCCAGAGUUGGUGCUGGUUAUUGGAACGGGGGUAAGUUCGGCAGUGGCUCCACAGGUGCCUGCCUUACGCUCCUGGAAGGGACUGAUCCAAGCACUGCUGGAUGCCGCUAAUGACUUUGACCUCCUGGAAGAGGAGGAGAGCCGAAGGUUCCAAAAAAGCCUUCAGGAGGACAAGAACCUGGUGCACGUUGCUCAUGACCUCAUCCAGAAGCUGUCUCCGCGGACAGGAAAUGUGCGCUCCACUUUCUUCAAAGACUGCCUGUAUGAGGUGUUUGAUGACCUGGAGUGUAAGAUGGAACAUGCCGGGAAGCAUCUCUUGCGCUCUGUGCUGCAGCUGAUGGAGAGCGGAGCUCUGGUCCUCACCACCAACUUUGACAACCUGCUGGAGAUCUACGCUGCCCACCAGGGCACAAAGCUGGAAUCCCUGGACCUCACGGAUGAGAAGAAGGUCCUAGAGUGGGCCCAGGAGAAGAGGAGAUUGAGUGUCCUACACAUCCAUGGUGUUUAUACCAACCCCAGUGGUAUUGUGCUGCACCCUGCUGGCUACCAGAACGUUCUGAGAAACACUGAGGUCAUGAGAGAAAUCCAGAAGCUCUACGAGACAAAGUCGUUUGUGUUCCUGGGCUGUGGCCGAACGGUGGACGACACCACCUUCCAGGCCCUGUUCCUGGAGGCGGUCAAACACAAGUCUGACCUGGAGCACUUCAUGCUGGUGAGACGGGAAGACGUGGGCGAGUUCAAGAAGCUUCGAGAUAACAUGCUGGACAAGGGCAUCAAGGUCAUCUCCUACGGGAACGAGUACGCUGACCUGCCCGAGUACUUUGAGCGGCUGGCCAAUGAGAUCUGUAACCGCGAUGUGACAAACGGUUGGGGACCUCCUGCUCAAGAAGAAGAAAACCAAAAUGGUUUCACUACACAGAAAAACCUUCUACAAGACUGCCACUCGUGACAAAAAACACUAGUAGGAGUCUCUCAGCAUUUGCCUCCACAGCUCCAGCAUAGAGUUCUUUUGCCCUGCUUGGGUUCAGUAGGGAUCGGAUCAACAUCCCCGACGCACUCGUUUCAAUCUAGACGAGGGCCGACUGUCAUUACGCUAUAGUUACCUGCUCACUUACCUGUACUGGUACCACGCUCACGCAACAGUGAGCAGACCGUGUGAUUGGCUGUGAAAGCACCCCAACCCACACUAACACCAAAUCACGAUGUUGUAACAGCCACUGUCUGAAUGGAGGAGGACACCGGAAUGGGUGGAGAAAAUGGGAGGGGUUGAAAGGCAUGAUUAGCACCGUCCCGUGCCCCACAGUGACCAGGAGUCUUGGGCACGGACAUGACCGACUGCCACAUCUGGUCUCUUAAGCACAAGGACACAGAAUAGUGCUAUGACAUUAAGUCUGUAUUUUCACCAAACAACACACACACGCCAGUACCUCUUACACAUCACCAGCAACCUUUCUGCAAGUAAAACAUCUAUCAAGCUCUUUGUUUUUUCUCUCUCUGCAUAUGUAUGGCAAGUUCUGGGUCUUAAAAACAUUGAAAGAAUCCUACUAUUUUACUUACUUUACAAGCUCCCCUGAACCUACUUGAAGUUCUGUAUGAUUGAAUAUACCUUUGAUUUUUGUCCAUAAAACACUGUGUUUGAGCAUGUGCCCAUUUGAAUGGGGCUCUAUCAUGAGGACUUGCCCAAAGUAGCUGCAAACUAACUGCAACAGUUAGGCUGCCCCAGUG